AUGCAAUCAAAGCCACAAGCUGGCCAACCACAACCUCAACCAACUGGACAGGUACCUGCUAGACCUACACAACCAACUCAAAAAAGAAUUGUAAUUACAUUAACUCAAGCCCAACAACAACAAUAUCUUUCAUUACCAAACCAAGAGGCACAGCAAGCAUAUCUCAGAACGAUUCAAGCACAGCAAGCUCAACAAGCUCAACAAAAACUUAUGCAGCCUGGCCAAACUGCCCAACCAGGUCAAACAGUCCAAAAUGCACAACACCAACAGCCACAGCAACAGCCACAGCAACAGCCACAGCAACAACAACAUCAACAAACACAACCCCAACCACCAAAUCAAAAACCAAUGGCUUAUAUGCCAAAUUCAUCAAACCCACAAGCUGGUCAACAACAAAUUUCCAUUCAAAUGAAACCAAUGGCAUCACAACCUGGUCAGCCACAACAACUUACACAAGCACAACAAGCUGCAAUGAUGCAGGCUUUAAGCAAACAAGCUGCAAGACCUGCAGGAUCACCAAAUCCAUUACCAAAUCAAACUGGUCAACAUGUUGGACCAACAGCCACAAUUACAUUAAAUGGAAAACAAGUAACUAUUUCACAACAACAAUAUCAACAAAUGGUUUUACAAAGACAACAGCUUUUACAACAACAAGCAGCUCAACAGGCAGCUCAACAACAACAAAUACCUUCACAACAAAAUACACAACAAACAUCACAUCAACCAAUGCAAUACACUCAAGCUGGUAAUAUUCAGCAACCAUCACAAACCACUUCUUCUAUUCCAUCUCAAUUACAGUCACAACAAACACAACCACAGCAUGCACCGCAAUCUAUUCAACAGCAGGUAGCAGCAACAGUAACUCAACCACAAUCACAACCACAAACACCUCAAACACCACAAUCUGUUCAACCACCAACCCCAACACAACAGGUAUCCACUCCAACACAACAGGUUUCAACUCCAACAACCACUACAGUAAAACCACCACAAGCACAAGCAAAAUUACCAAUUCCAUCAAGUAUAUCUUCACCUUCCACAGCACCAGUUUCACAACCAACUCCUGGAUCAAUUGCUUCCACUCCUGGUAGUGUGUCUAGCAUCCAACAACAAAUUCAACAGGUACAACAACAACAACAACAAAACAAAACUGCUGCAUCCACACAAACUAAUGAUAUCCAAUCAAAAGUUCAAAAUCAUUUUAAUGCAUUAGCAUUGGCUUAUAGAAAUGCUAAAAUUGAAAAGGAUGUUUUAAUGGAGCAUUUGGUAAUGCUUUUUGGUGCUACAAACGCUCAAAACUACGCCAAGAAGAUCGAUGAUAUUCCAACAGAAAAAGUACCAGCUUUACCCAAAGAUUUUGAUUUAGAAGCAAUUUUAAAGAAAACUGAAGAGUUGAGAAGGAUGACUAUCGAGUAUCAAAAAAUACGUGAACAACAAACCCAACCAAAAAGAGAAGCUUCAACCACAAAACCAAGUGUUAACCCAUCAGCACCGGGAACUACUCCUGCAGCACUCAAUUCUACACCUCAAUUAACAAGAGAGCAAAAGAAAGAACAAAAUAAACUCGAAAGAGAAAAGAGAAAGAAGGAAAAAGAAGAUAAGAAGGCUCAGGAAAGAAAGGAAAAAGAAGAAAGAAAAUUACAACAACAAGCACAACAACAACAAGAUAAAGAACAAAAAGACGCUGAUAACGAAGAUGAUAAACAAAAUAUUAAAGAUUUAAAUGAUGUUACAAAAAUUGCAAAUAUUGAUAUGAAAAAUGAAUCAGAUCACUUUUUACCAGAAACCAACGAAAAUGAAGAGUUAUAUACUCCAGAAACUGAACCAUUGUUUUUAAAUUCAUAUCCAUUAAAAAAGAAAGUUUUAACAAUUGCAUCUAAACAUGGAUUAAAGUUAAGUGAGGAAAAUCUUUUAGAAUUUAUUUCAUUAGCAACACAAGAUCACCUUAGAACCAUUUUAGAAUAUUUAAUAAAUACAUCAAAACAAAGAGUCGAAAUGCAAAAAGAGGACUUGCCAGUUACUCAAACUUCAGACGCAAAAAAACAAUUAUUAGCAAUCGAAAAGAGAGAAAAAGAUGAAAAGAUGAAAAAAGAAAACGAAGAACAAGAGAAAUUAUUAAAAGAAUCAAAAGAGCAUUUACAAACAAAAAAGAAAUCGAUUGCAGACGAUAAAAACUCUGCUAAUAGCGCUUCAAGAAUGGCCAAGCUCCAAAUCCUCGAAGAAAAGGAGAGGACUAUCGCAGCAAAUUCAACUGCUUUGGCUGCUGUUGGUAAUAUUGGUAAGAGAAAGCCAAUCCAACCAAUGAUGAAGUCUAGUUUCCUUCUUGGUUUAAAUCAAAAUGCUAAUAUUGCACCACCAAUUCCAAACUCUCAAUUGGUUAGUUUCCAACAGCUUCUCAAAGAAGGUAAACCACUCACACCAGAUCAAGAGUCUCAAUAUCAACAAUUAAAAGAAACUUAUGAUAAUCUAUUAAGACAAUAUAACGAAAAGGUUAAUCAACAAGCUUCUGGCGGAUAUGCUGGGUUAUCUUCACUUUACAAUAAAGAUGGUACAGCUAUUCCAAUGGAUAUUGACCCUUCAACUGGUGGUUCAACUGGUUCUACCUCUGUUGUAGGCGGUAGAGCUGGUGCUAUGGCUCCAACCAAACAUACCAACCGUAAAAUAACAAAGAAAGAUUGUUAUUUCUCUCAAAAACUAAUUGGUCAUAAUGUUUUGCAAAAAUACGAAUUAUUAAAGCUUCGUAAGAGAUUUAAUCCCUCAGUGUUCCCAUUUUAG